AUGCUUUCGAAGGAGGAAGAUUAUAUUGACAACGAGUAUUACACUAUGAAUCGUAAAUUUUUUCGUUUAAUUGGAUUGUGGCAAGGUCAGACGUCGUCUAAGAACAUAGUUUAUAUUUAUUUCAUUAAUUUAAUACUAACAUUUGCAUCAAUCGGGCAGAUACAACUUUUGUUCACGUCAGAAAGAAAUUUAAUGUCAAUCGCCAAAUUACUGGAAACGGUUUUGCCUACAUUAUGCUUCAGCUGUUGCUAUUGCAAUCUAUUAUUGAAUGAUAGAAUUAUGAAGAAAAUUCUUUAUCGUAUUAAGUCCGAUUGGGAUGACCUAGCAGACGAAUCCGAACUAAUGAUAGUGAAGAAAUAUGCUGAAAUUAGUAGAAUUUGUACAAUAAUAAUGACAGUCUGCUUUUAUAUUUAUGUAGUAUUUUUGAUAUUUCCAUCAUUGUUAAGUGUGUUUCGGUAUGUUUUUGGUGAUAUAAGUGAAACGGAAUUAAUAUUACCAAUUCGUGCUGACUAUUUCUUGAAAAACCUAAUGCUUUAUUAUAUCGGACUUAUAAUCGAAUACGUAAUUAUUUUAGUCACGUGCACGGUAGGAAUUGCUAACUAUUCCAUGUUUAUAGCAGUUGUACAACAUGCAUGUGCACUUUUCUCCAUUGUCCAAUGGAAGGUUAAACAUAGAUACGAAAAACUUCCACAUAAUUCUUAUUAUGUCAAGGUUGAAAGUGAAUUGGACGAGGAAAACGAAUGGAUAGUCGAUCUCAUAAAAUUCUAUAAAAGCGCGAUCGAGUUUGUCGAUUUAUUAAAAUCUUUUUACGAAUCCGUUCAAAUAAUCGCAGCAUUAUUGUCGUUUACAUUUGUCCUUGUAGAUUAUAUUUACUUAUUUCAGGUAUUGUCUUUUAGCCUUAACCGAAUCGAAGGAAUUGAGAAGCUCCUGUUUAUAGUUUGUUCUAUGUUUGUAAUAUACAUUUAUACUUACGUCGCUCAAAAUUUAAUGGAUCACAAUGCUAACAUAUUUUUAAUAUUUUGCCAAUUUCCGUUUUAUUCGUUAUCUUUGAGAAACCAGAAAUUGUUACUUUUCUUGACAAUGUAUAGCAUGAGGCUUUGCGGUAUAUCCCUGAUGGGCGCAGUGUUUAUAUCCCAUGAAUUAUUCGCAAAAAUGAAGAAAAUACUUUAUCGUAUGAAAUUCGAUUGGGAUGAAUUAGCGAACAAACCAGAACUAGUGAUUCUAAAGAAAUAUGCUGAAAUUAGUAGACUUUGUACAAUAACAAUCGCAAGUAAGUGGUUAACAUUAUAUACGGAGUAUCAGAAUGUUCGGUUUCGUUACGUCAUUGGUUCUAUAGGAGAAACUGAAUUAAUAUUGCCAAUUCAUAUUGAUUAUAUCAUGAAAAACCGAAUGCUUUAUUAUAUCGGGCUUACAACCGAAUACGUAACUAUAUCAAUCGUGUGCACAAAAGGAAUUGCUAAUUAUUCCAUGUUUAUUGCAAUAAUACAGCAUGCUUGUGCACUUUUUACCAUCGUUCAAUGGAGGGUAAAAGAAAGAUUUGAAAGAAGUCCACCUAAGUCUUAUUAUUGCAAUGGUGAAAGUGAAUUAUUAAAUGAAACGGAAUGGAUUGUUGUUGUCAUAAAAUUCUAUAAACACGCGAUCGAUUAUUUCAGAUAUUUACUUGGACCCUUAAUUGGACCGAUAUAUUUCUGUAUUGCCAAGUGGUGUCCAAUAAGUUCUUACUGUUUCCAUUACAUAUCAAAUAUAUUUUAUUAG